UGAGAGCGGGCUGCGCGGGGAAGAUGGCGGGGGUGCUGCCGAGGAAGUGUGGGGGCAGCAGCAAGCGGCCUGUGAGGAGCUCGAAGGUGUGCCCCUCCUUCGUAGAGGGCUCCAUCGUCAGGAUCUACAUGGAGAACUUUCUAACAUACGAUGUCUGUGAAGUACGUCCAGGACCCAAUCUGAACAUGAUUAUAGGUGCUAAUGGAACAGGAAAGUCAAGCAUUGUUUGUGCCAUCUGCCUGGGACUGGCUGGAAAACCCUCUUUCAUAGGGCGAGCUGAUAAGGUUGGUCUCUUUGUAAAGCAGGGCUGCUUGAAAGGUGUAGUCGAAGUUGAACUGUAUAAGGUGCCUGACAAUAUCAUUAUCACACGUGAGAUUCAGGCAGUGAACAACACAUCAACAUGGUUUAUUGACAGAAAGUCAGCAACCCUGAAAGCAGUAGAAGAGCAGAUUGCAGCCUUAAAUAUCCAGGUGGACAAUUUGUGCCAGUUUCUUCCUCAGGACAAAGUUGGAGAAUUUGCAAGACUGAGUAAGAUUGAAUUGCUUGAAGCCACUGAAAAAUCCAUCGGUCCUCCAGAAAUGUACCAAUUUCACUGUCAACUGAAAAACUUCAGAGAAAAGGAAAAAGAACUGGAGAACUUGUGCAGAGACAAAACUCAGUCUUUGGAGAAAAUGAUACAGAGAACUGAACGUUACAAACAAGACAUUGAGAAAUUCCAUGAGCACAAACGCCAUCUAGACUUAAUUGAGAUGCUUGAGAGGAAAAGGCCUUGGGUGGAAUACGAAACUGUUCGUCAGCAGCAUGAGGAAGUGAAAAAAAGAAGAGACCAAGCCAAGGAAGAACUGAAGAAUCUGAAAGGAAUGCAGUCCCCAAUGACAAAAAAAAUCCAAGAAACUGAAGAAUAUUUUAAGAGUCUGAAUAUGAAAAUCAAACAUAAGGCUGAUGAAAUCAAAGACAUUUCUCAAAAAUGUAAACAGAAGCAAGAUGCUUUGGAGAUGAAAGAUAAACAAAUUGAAGAAAUUAAUCAAGCUUUGAAAUUGAAAAAAGAUGAAGAAAUGGACAGACAGAGGAAAAUCCACAACACUCACGAGAUUAUAAAGGACUGGAAGAAAGAGCUCAGUGCAAUGGCAGUCUCUGUGGAUCUUCAGCCACAAACUGAUGCUAUUAAUAAUGAGCUGAAAAAAUUACAAGACAAAAGGGCAAAUAUUCAUAGUGGUAUCAGUGACCUAACAGCAGGGAAAAUGAACCAAGAGAGGGAAAAGCAAAGAAUAACUGACCGCCUUGAACAACUUAAUAAUAUAAUGAAUAUGAAGGAAGACAAUCUUAAGGCAAGAUUUGAAGAUACACACUCUGCUCUUAUGUGGCUAAGACAGAACAAAGACAAGUUUAAAAAAGAAGUUUGUGAACCCAUAAUGCUUGAGAUCAAUAUGAAAGACAGUAGACAUGCUAAGUAUGUUGAAAAUCACGUAUCGUCCAAUGACAUGAGGGCUUUCGUUUUUGAGAGUCAAGAAGAUAUGGAAAUGUUUCUUAUGCAGAUGCGUGAUCAUCAGAAACUAAGAGUGAAUGCUGUAUGCUCGCCUGCUGAAUCAUGUGCUAAAAGCUUACCUUCGAGACCUAUUGAAGAAUUACACCAAUAUGGAUUUUUCUCAUAUUUACGAGAGUUAUUUGAUGCUCCUCGUCUUGUGAUGAGUUAUCUUUGCUCCCAGUACCAUGUUCAUGAUGUCCCUGUGGGAACAGAGAAGACCAGAAACAUGAUUGAAAGGGUCAUAAAAGAAACCAAGCUUAAGCAAAUGUACACAGCAGAGGAAAAAUACAUUAUUAAAGUAUCUGCUUAUACAAACCUAACCCUCUCUAUUAACACAUCCCUGAGGGAGGCAGAGUUUCUCACAGGUUCGGUGGAUAUAGAUGAAAGAAGACGAUUGGAAAACCAACAAAAGGACAUCAAUAACAAGUUAAAGUCGUUGGAUAUGCGUUUGUCUACACUGUCUGAGAGACGGAAACAUCUGGAACAGAGAGACAAUGAGCUCAGACAACAGAAGAAAGAGCUUUUAGAUAGAGGAAACAGGAGGACACAGUUGCAAUCAAAAAUCAGUGCCAAGUAUGAUAGUUUAAAACAGCUGGAACAAGAUGCUAUCAACCUAGAGAAAGAAUCUCAACAGGCAGAUGCGAAGAUCAAAGAAAUAAAUACCCAGAAAGCAAAACUUGUAACUGAAUUAAUGCAUCUCAUAAAGAAUUGCAUAUCACUGAACAUCCUCAAAGUAGAUUUGGUUCUUCAGAAUGCUACAGAGGCUGCUGAGAAGAACAGACUAGAAUCAGACUAUAAAGAAGCAAGUAUACAGCUAAGAGCUGCAGAGGAAAAAUUUAAUGAACUGGAUGAUAGGAAGCAAGUUCUUGCUGAAAAGUGCAAGGAAUUGCUGAAAAAAGCUCGACAUGUUUGCAAAAUGAGUCUGAAUCAACAGCUUCCUAUGGAAUUCCAAACUGCUUUUCAGUCUCUUCCGACCACAUUGGAGGAAAUUGAUGCUUUUCUGAAUGAAGAGAGAACCAGGGCCUCCUGUUUCACUGGCCUGAAUGUUUCAGUUGAAGAAUACAAUAAGCAGACUCAGGAGAUACAGCAGUUGAAGGAAUAUCUAGAGGAAAAAAAAAAGGAAUUGAACGACUAUAAGCAAAAGAUUUCACAGGUCAAAGAAAGGUGGCUAAACCCCUUGAAAAAGCUGAUUGGGAAAAUUAAUGUGAAGUUCGGUAACUUCUUUCGUUCUAUGCAGUGUGUUGGUGAAGUUGAUCUUCAUGUGGAAAAUGAGGAGGAGUAUGACAAGUAUGGGAUUCGCAUUAGAGUCAAAUUCCACAGUGGCACUGAACUUCAUGAAUUGAAUCCAUAUCAUCAGAGUGGAGGUGAGAAAAGUGUUUCCACUAUGUUGUACCUGAUGGCUCUGCAGGAACUCAACAGAUGUCCUUUCAGGGUUGUAGAUGAAAUAAAUCAGGGAAUGGAUCCAGUGAAUGAGAGAAGAGUUUUUGAAAUGGUUGUGAAAACUGUUUCUAAAGAGAGCACAUCUCAGUACUUCUUUAUUACACCAAAGCUCCUGCAGAAUCUCACUUACAGUGACAAGAUGACGGUGUUAUUUGUCUACAAUGGACCUUUUAUGUUGGAGUCAAACAAAUGGGACUUGAAGUCUUUCUGUAGGCGACGGCGACGACUUGGAAGGAUGGAUGAGCAGUAAUACAUAUAUAUAAUGUUUUGAUAGAAGUUUUUGUUACAUCAGACUUUCCAGACUUCAGAAAUUGUGAAAGAUGAGAACCCGCAAAGAGUUGAUGAUUAAGAACUUCAAUUUAUAAGACUUGUGUUAGGAAUGUUCGGAUUUGAAGUUUGAUUUUUUUCAAUAGUAAUUUUAAAUAAAAAUGAAGUUUCUUGUA